AUGUAUCACAAAGAAAAGAGCAUCCAGAUCAAAAACAGCGCUUCUGCGCUCUACAACAACCUCGGCGUGUUGCGCAUUGCCCCGCGACGCCUCACUUACUUCACGGUGGUCCAUGCCAAUGUGGUCAACAUGGUCAGCGCGUCUUGGGACGGCCUUAACUACUCCCACCGUCAGCUGCAGUCCAAGGAGCCAAAUGUCGCCACGAGCACAUCGCUCAUCAUGCAGGCUGCGUUUUGUGGUCUGCCCUCUCGUGAUCUGCUGGUGGUGACCUCUCAGAAAGGCAUCCAGAUGUAUGAAUCUGAUGGCUCCAUCAUGGUGUACUGGCAUGCACUGGAUACUCCGGAAACACCUACAGGUAAUGCACUCACUGAACUUACUUAUAUUGCAGCUCAAGCCGUGUUUGCUCGAGGGAUAUCAGCAGUGUGGGAGAAUUAUAUAUGUGUGGGUGUGUCAUCUGGUGCAAUUCUAGUAUUUGAUGUUCCCAGUAAAGGCAGUAAUAUCACCCUGUCUGAGGUCCUGGAGGAGCACAAAGACUCUAUCACUGACAUGGCCUCAGAAUGUUCUGGCAGCCAGGAGUGCAUAGCUGAUCUGGUCAGUGCAGAUGAUAGUGGCAGCCUGUGUGUGUGGAAGUCAGGGGAAGAUUUUCAGCUGCUUAACAAGAUCCCUGGCUUUGAUAUGAGCUGCUCAUCUGUCAAGCUGUGGAAAGGUACGGUGGUGGCAGGUUACGGAACAGGUCAGAUCCGUCUUUAUGAGGCAGUGACGGGAAUUCUGCAUGCUGAGGUUAACGCCCACGCCCGCUGGAUCUACUCGCUGGACAUUGCACCUUUCUCUGGACUGCUACUGUCGGCUGCUGAGGACUCUAUAGUCAGGGUGUGGCACCUGACUGUAACCCCAGAGACCAACAAUGUGGAGGUUGCCCAUUUGCACAAUGAGUGUGUGACAGACACACAAAUCUGUGGCGCCAAGUUCUGUGACGGUGAUGGUUAUGCCUUUGCAGUGACAGGCUAUGACCUGGGUGAGAUUAUCCGCUACACCCAGUCGUAGGUCAUUACUUUCAUUAAGGCUGACUGUCUGAAUAUAAAGUUGAUAUUAUUGGGGUGUUUCUGAAAAGAUCAUGUGAUGCAGUGAGUCAAGAGUGGUCAGGUUAGGUUCAGGCUGAGAUUAUUUAAUGAUAAAAUGUAUUUUACAUCAUCCCUUAUGGGAAGAGCAUUUCCUUCCGUGGCAUUUCUGUCUCUAUACAAGGGUUAGAGGCAGGUUAGCAUAAAACAUAACAAUGUGAAAGUAAUGUGUUAAAUUGUUUUAUAAGUAUUUGAAGUACAGAUGUUUAUAUGUAUGUGAAUGUAGC